AUGCCAAGAGGAGCCGGUAAAGGAGGAAACAAAAGAAAGAAGAACAAGAACAAAAACUUCCAAUCUAGAAGACCCUUAGAACUUAAAGAGGAAGGCCAGGAUUACGGUAUCGUUACUAAAAUGCUUGGUAACUCCAGAAUCGAAUGUGUCUGCGGAGAUGGAAAGACCAGAAUCUGCUUAAUUAGAGGUAAAAUGAAGAACAGAGUCUGGAUCAGAGCUGGAGACGUAGUCCUCGUCUCCCUUAGAGAAUUCGAGGAUGACAAAGGAGACAUCAUCCUUAAAUAUCACCCUGAAGAGUUCAGAGAGCUCAAAAAGAAGGGUGAGAUCCCAGAAACCCUCAAGGUCGACGUAGACGAAGCUGGCGAGGAGGAAGACGAUGUCAAUUUCGAAGAAGUAGAAGUCGCCCCACAAAGAAAGAUCCUCAUGCCAGACAGUGAUGACGAGGACGAGGACGAAGAGGAGAAAAAAGAAAUCGAUGUUGAUGAUAUAUAACCUGAUGAUAUUCUCAGAUUUAUCCAAUAGCCACCUAUUUUCA